GUUCCUUCUUCAAGCAGUUUGCAUGGACUUUGUCCCUGCUGCUGAGUUUUUUGCAGCUGUUAGAAAACGGACGAUUUCUGAAGGUCUGAACAAAACGCAAGUAAUGGUCAGCUGCACCAAAAUUGCCAGGGGGAUUUUGUGAACCAGGGAAGAAUGGGGGAAAAAAAAUCCAAUGGACAAAAUGUCUCAAAGAUGAGUUUCACUAGUCUUCAAGCAGGGAAUGACUGCCUUGUGCAUGGUGAAACAUUUAUGUCAAACAACCAGAAAUGAGAACAGAUAUGCAAAAAGGUUCUUUGGCACUCUUCUGACACAGACAGCACAAAAGUGGCUCUUUUCUCCAUUCUGGUUACUGGUACCCGACCCUAGGAAGUCAGCUGUGUUUGGGCUUACUCAACCAUUUUGUACAGAUGAAAAAUCUCACACACAACCAAAAAGGAAAGCAGCAUUUGGAAGUGUCGGGCGAAGAAUUCCCUAUCGUGUUUUGCACGUAAUCAACCAGGAUGGAGAGAGCUUAGGAAACAUGCACCGAGCAGAGGCACUCAGACUUAUGGAUCAACAGGGCCUGAAACUAGUUCUGCUUCGUGAGAAUGUAGAACCUCCAGUUUACAGACUAAUGACUGGGCAGCAGAUUCACGAAGAACAGCUUAAACGUGCAGAGAAGAAAAAAGCAAGUCCAAAGCCAGGGGUGGUUCAGAAGGAGUUAUCCUUUUCUUCAGCUAUUGCCAGGAACGACUUGGAGACCAAGACUAAACAGAUAGCACAGUGGAUUGAAAAGAAACACCAUGUUAAGGUUACCAUCCGGCAAGCAAAAGGUAGCAGUACAGACAUGCUCGAACUUUUUGAUCAAAUUUUGGAGACUGUGUCUGAGAAAGCCACUUAUCUUUCCAAGCCAAAAGUUGCUAGAGAAGGAGUGAGUACCUGUAUUUUGAGGCACAUGUCUGACAAAGAGCUGAAAGAACACCAGAAAAUGGAAAUCAAGAAAAACAAUACAGUAAAGAAAGAUGAAAAUGAAGAUCUGAAGUCAAAUGAGUUGCAUCAGUGACUUUCUGAAGCGGUGUAAACAACAGUAAUUUAUUAAAAAACAAAAUAAAAAUAUUAUCUUUAGAUAAAGUCA